AUGCAACCAUGGUGUUCUCGUCGAACUUAUCAAGAUAUGACAAGACCAUUAAGUGACUACUUUAUAAAUGCUUCACAUAAUACUUAUCUAUUUGAUAAUCAUGGAAAUGAUAAGAAUAAUCCAGAAGUAUACAAUCAAGCAUUACGCGCUGGUUGUCGAGUUAUAGAAAUUGAUUGUUAUGAUGGUCAUGAUGGUCAACCAGUAGUUAAACAUGAAUAUUCUUCUGUUAAAGCAUAUCCAUUUGAAUCUGUUAUUCAUUUUAUUGAACCGAAUCUUUUCAAAACAUCACCUUACCCGGUUAUUCUUUCAAUUGAAAAUCAUUGUUCAAUUAAACAACAAAAAGAAAUCGCUCGAAUUCUAAAAGAAAUUCUUGGAAAUCGAUUAAUUACUGAACCUCCAUUAUCAAAAAGUUCGUGGAUGUUACCAUCACCGGAAAAUCUUAAACAUAAAGUUCUUGUUCGUAGUAUAAAAUCAUCAGUACCAAUCAAAGAUUCUAAAUUAUUAAAAAAGAAUGAUAAAUUUGAUAAUCCCAUAGUUAAUAAUGGUAUAUCUGAUUUAUUUAUUUAUCUUGAAAAUGUACCUUUUCGUGAUUAUAAUUAUACAAAAGAUCAUUAUAUGUGUUUACAAUUACCAUCACUUUCUGAAAAAGAAUUUAAACAAGCUUCUCAUUGCGAUCCAUUUGGUUUAAUUAAACAAACUCGAAAAUGUUUACUUCGAAUACAUUCGGAUAAUUCAAAUAAUCCAAAUCCAAUUGAUCCAUGGAAUUUUGGUAUACAAAUAGUUGCAGUUAAUUAUCAAAAUAAUGAUUCUUUUAUGGAAUUAUGUCAUGGAAAAUUUCUUGAUAAUGGUAAAUGUGGUUAUAUUCUCAAACCGAAUUAUUUAAUGCAUAGUGAUAAAGCGAAAUUCAAUCCCUUAGAUUAUUUAAUAAAAUCAUCAAAUAAAAUUUCAAAAAAUAUUCUUGAAUAUCCACAACGUUUAAUUAUAACAAUUAUAAGUGGACAGUUUUUAUACCGAUCAAAUAGAAAUAAAAAUGAUAUUUCGAAUCCAUAUGUUGUUGUAUCAACUCAUGGAAUUGUAUGUGAUAAACAAAUACAAAAAACGAAGUUUAUACAAAAUAAUGGUUUAAAUCCAUUAUGGAAUGAAACAUUUGAAUUUGAAAUUUCAUUUCCACAAAUGUGUCUUAUAUGUUUUGAUGUUUAUGAUUAUGAUAUUUAUAGUCAUGAUGAUCAUCUUGCUUAUUUUUGUUUACCAUUGACAACUAUUCAAACAGGUUAUCGUCAUAUUUAUCUAAGAACUAAAGAUCGUGAUUCAACCUAUUCAAGUUUAUUUGUACAUGUUGUAAUAGAAAAUACAUAA